AUGGCGUCUCCGAUGUCCCCAAUUCUCGCAGUCCUGGCUUGGGCUCUGAUCGGGGCUCUUGCAGAGGAUCCCGCUGGCAAACUGCGAGGGUCAGGAGCAGUGGACGGUGGUCUGGAAUUCCCGGAUGUGAGUGGACUGCCAGACACGCCAGGGCCAUACCAAGAAGCGCCGAACAACACGGAAGCCGAGAAGCCCAAGCCAGCUAUGCUCGAUUGGCAAUCCAAAGUUCCCAAUGCCACCCAAGGCAGCCUGGGGAGCCUGAUUUCUUUGAAAGCUUGGCAAGAGCACCAAUUCUGCAAUCUUCACGGAACAGGCUUCUUCUGCAAUGGCGACACGCGGAUUCGCUGCUGCAAGCUGGAGGAUGGAUACACUAAGUGUGGCUCCACUGCCAAUGCCAGCGCCUGUGAUUCACAGAAGCAGCAGAAGUCUCAAUUGAAGACGGGUGCCGGUUGGUGGGGACCGUGGGGGCCUGGACCUAGUGGGCCUGGCGGCUGGCACAUUCAUACAGGCUGGCAUGUCAGCAGCUAUUGCCAGUCGCAUCACGUCGGCUCCUUUUGCCGCUCCCACCAUAUCAUCCACUGCUGCAAUGACUAUGGGCACUUCGUGGAAUGCAACAGCCAGUACCGUGACAGGGCUUUGGCUCACAUGCUGCAGCCGUACCGGGAUGUUUGGAUAGCGUGUUGUGUGACCUGGACAGUUCACACAAACUUUCUGACCUUCGGUGACCUUGUAAAGUAUUGUAAAGUGUGCAGCUCAAUCAUGCUCUUGGUGACCUUGCAGAAGGCAACGGGUCAUCCUAAUUCCCGCGCGGCAGAGGGAGUCAUCACCGUUGCUGCACGAUGCAUGGUAAAACUUCUCUCCGAUGAUAUUGCAGUGGCACCGCGACCCAGUAGCAGACUUGCUGUUGCCAUGGCGUCUCCGAUGUCCCCAAUUCUCGCAGUCCUGGCUUGGGCUCUGAUCGGGGCUCUUGCAGAGGAUCCCGCUGGCAAACUGCGAGGGUCAGGAGCAGUGGACGGUGGUCUGGAAUUCCCGGAUGUGAGUGGACUGCCAGACACGCCAGGGCCAUACCAAGAAGCGCCGAACAACACGGAAGCCGAGAAGCCCAAGCCAGCUAUGCUCGAUUGGCAAUCCAAAGUUCCCAAUGCCACCCAAGGCAGCCUGGGGAGCCUGAUUUCUUUGAAAGCUUGGCAAGAGCACCAAUUCUGCAAUCUUCACGGAACAGGCUUCUUCUGCAAUGGCGACACGCGGAUUCGCUGCUGCAAGCUGGAGGAUGGAUACACUAAGUGUGGCUCCACUGCCAAUGCCAGCGCCUGUGAUUCACAGAAGCAGCAGAAGUCUCAAUUGAAGACGGGUGCCGGUUGGUGGGGACCGUGGGGGCCUGGACCUAGUGGGCCUGGCGGCUGGCACAUUCAUACAGGCUGGCAUGUCAGCAGCUAUUGCCAGUCGCAUCACGUCGGCUCCUUUUGCCGCUCCCACCAUAUCAUCCACUGCUGCAAUGACUAUGGGCACUUCGUGGAAUGCAACAGCCAGUACCGUGACAGUGGCUACUACUGUUAG